AAUAAACAAUGGCAGGGCAUGCUUUGGCAAAUUUGGAAGAAAUCUCUUUAUCAUCGGGAUUGUGAAUUUUGAAAGGAUAGGAAAUAUAGUAGAUAUAUUAAGCUAUCUGCCCUUUCCUUUUUCGAAACAACUACUUCUAGCCUAACUUACCUCACCUCACCUCAUCACCAACCCUCUCUCUUAACUCAACAUCUUACGAAAUAUCCACGGAUAAAUUAUACAAUACAAUCAAUCAUACACUACCAUCAAUUCACUUUAUUAAAAUCACCUCACAAACUUAACAUCUUACAUCCAAUCAACAAUCCUCCCCCUUACACCUCCAUCACCAACUUCGAGUCUCCAAUUUCAACCAUCAACUACAUUUACCUCAUACCAAACACCAACCCACAAACACAAAUCUCCCUACAAAAUAUCACUGCAACAAAACCCCCACAAUAAACAUGUUCUCCAACCUCGCCUACCUCCUAACCUCCAAAUCCAUCACCCUCUACAUCCUCUACACAUUACACGUCAUGCUAGGCACGUCUCUCGUCUUCACGGCUCUGUAUACCUACGGUCUGCAUUCGAGUAAAGCGAUGGCACGGGCUGCUGCACUCGAGGCCUCAAUGCAAGCUAGUGGUAAUAGUGGGUGUGGAAUUUCGGCAAUUGGAAAUGGAAGUGCGGUGGAAUUUGAAGAUGAUAUAGAUAGUGAGGUGCAUGGGAUGGAUAUUGCGAUUGGUGGGUUGGAUGGGAUGAGGAAGGUUGGGAGUGUGGUUGAUUUGAGUACGAGUAGAGUGGGGUGGGAAAAUGAAAGUGUGGGUUUGGGGUUUGAGGGUGCGGAAUUGGGGAUGGAGAGGACGGGAGUUAGGUUUAGGGAGAUUUGUUAUUCUUCGCGUGGGAAAGAGGGGUUGCAGGUUGAUGGGUCUGUGUCUAUGAUGGGUGGUAGGGGAAUAUCUGUUGAAAUUUCUUGAGAAGGAGCUCGAGUUGGGUGUUGAGUGUUGAGUGUUGGGGGAUAUGGUUGUGUUUUAUGAUUUACUACCUACCUGGGUAUUUAUUCGUAUUAGGCGGUUAUGGGGACUGAAGAGCUGCUAUGGGAGCAAUGAUGAAUGAAUGAUAAUGAUCGGCAUUGAUGUCAUGGAACAGGGCGGAACAUUACGGAUACGAUGGAUCCGGCGGAAAGGAAGAAGAAGAAGGAAACGAGAAAUGAUGAUGAGGAAUGAGGAGUGAUGGAGUUGCGAUGUCUGCUUGUUUAUGCUUAUGCUUAUGAUUAU